GUGAAACUCGACAUAUUUCCCUUUCAAUACAUUAACAAUUAGUUGAUUAUUCAAUUAAAUUUUCUUAAAAAUAAAUCUAUCGCAAUGAUUUUUAUGAGAACAUCCGUAAUUUUAUUAAUUUUUGUUGUCGGUUUAUCAGUAAUUUCUUGUGCACAGCAACGUGGUGUUAAAAAUAAGAUAAAAAAGGCUCAUGAAAAAGUUGUAAACUAUUUUGCACGGCAUUUGAAUCGCGGUACAGGAGCACCAACAGUCAAAAGUAAACCGAGAAUUUUCGUUGAUAAAGUCGUAGGCAAAGUUACCAAGUGGGCCACUAAUAUGUCAGAUGGAAUAAUUCGUACUUCAAAUACGCUAUCUGCAGCUGAUAAUGUUGCAAAAUUCGGGGCGAAAUAUGACAUGUGGAAAUUACCUGCAUCUCACAAGCAGUUUCAACAAAAAAAGCCGCAAUUGAGUGCAUGGAUGCAACCGAUGCCAAUAGAUUAUAACAAUAUUAAUUAUGGCGCUCCUUCUAAGGAUUAUAGAGAAUCAACACAAACAGGAGUUGAUAUGUAUUAUCCGUUCCAGCAAAUGAUUCCAAAUUACAAUGGAGCUCCAUAUCCAGCCCCAUAUCCCACGACAGCACUGAAUAAUUUACCUGUUUUACCAUAUAAUGAACCCAUGAUGCAAAAUUAUAUGGCGAUGCAAAGGCAAAUGAUAGCAAUGGCAUAUUAUAUGCACAUGCAGAAUAAUAUGCCAAUAUUACCCAACCAUAUGCUAAUGAUGCCAGAUAAUAAUGUUCAUGGUGAAAUGGCACAAAAUUCAUUUGUACGGAAUAAUAUGCCUUCGAAUGGAGAAAUAGAGAGCCAAAGACAAAAAAGUUGAAGUACCAUCAAAUGGAACUAGAGGUAGAGGUAAUACGUAACAUGGUGAUGUUGGAAAUAAAAUGAAGAAAUGGGAAAAAUAUAAUUGGAAUUAUUAACUUUUUAAUUGUUUUAUACAUACUACUGAAGUGCCAUCAAAUGGAUCUAAUAGAAGUAACGGUAACACGGAACAUGCUGAUGUUGGAAAUAAAAUGAAGAAGUGGGAAAAAUAUAAUUGAAAUUAUUCACUUUUUAAAUGUUUUAUACAUACUACUGAAGUGCUAUCAAAUGGAACUAAUAGAAGUAGCGGUAACACGGAACAUGCUGAUGUUGGAAAUAAAAGGAAGA